AUGAUCGACACCAGGCUGUCUUUUAAAGAGCACCUGGAGUAUGCCAACAAGAAGGCCGCAGCGACCGCCAGUUCGCUCUCGCGGAUUCUACUUAACACGAGGGGCCCAAAGCAGGAAUGGAGGAAACUCUUAGCGAGCGUCGUUACGUCCCAAGUCCUAUAUGCCGCCCCGGUAUGGGCUAAAGCCGCCACGACGCCAUCGUACAUUAGUGGCUGGGAACGCACCCACAGACUAUAUGCCAUCAGGAUAUCCUGCGCCUUCCGGACGAUUUCUGAGGAAGCGGUGCUGGUCAUCGCUGGUCUAGUUUCGAUAAACGAGCUGGUAAGAGAGGCAGCAGAAGUAGAGGAAGCGGCUACGAGCACGGACGACCUAUCUAGACGUGAGGCGCGACAGACCGCGAGAAGGAGAUCAAUUUCUCAGUGGCAGGAGAGAUGGGACUCCGCGACCUCUGGGCGCUGGACCCAUGCUCUCAUUCCAGUCUUGAGUCCAUGGCUGGAAAGGAAGCAUGGGCAGGUGGAUUUCUACCUACCGACACAAGGAACGGAUGCCCAACCUGCGGUUCUGGAAUCGAGGAGGACGCGAGCCAUGUCCGAUUCGAGUGCGUUCGGUUUGAAGAGGACAGGACCGCCUUGGAAACGGCGACUGGUGUCAGCAUUAGCCCCAGCACGCUAG